GCAAACAUGGAAAUUAUGAUUUCCAACGCUGCAAGUUCUAUUAAUCCUUAAGAUGGAUCCAACUAUGAUCAAGCCAAGGAAGUGAAGCCAUUCGAUGAAACAAAAGCCGGUGUGAAGGAACUAGGAGACUCAGGUGUGCCCAAGAUUCCCAGGCUUUUUAUCCGCCCAUCAGAGAAAGUUCAAAAGUCGUCAUCUAAGUCUAGCAAUUUCGGCCUUCAGGUUCCAACGAUAGACUUUGAAGGGUUUGGAAGUUCCCGGCGGUUAGAGGUUGUGAAUGAGAUUCGCAAAGCAUCAGAAAACUGGGGUUUCUUUCAAGUUGUUAAUCGAUCAUGGGAUUCCUGCUAGUGUCGCGGAUGAGAUGUUAGCAGGUGCAAGACGAUUCCAUGAGGAACCUCAGGAGGUGAAGCUUAUCUUGUAGAGAAGAGGUUAGUGAAUGUAUCAGACACAUGAUCAAGAUCAGUAAGACACUAUCUGAACUCUUACCUGAAGCACUCGGGCUUCGUUGCAAUAACCUUUCAAGCAUAGAAUGCAUGAACUGAGUCAUUGGUGGGUCAUUAUUACCCUGCUUUCCCUGAACCAGCCUUGACGUUUGGCCUCACCUAACAUACAGACCCGUCCUUUUCUAAGUAUAGUUCUGCAAGACAACAUGGAUGGCCUCCAGGUUCAUCAUCAGAAGCAAUGGAUUGAUGUCCCCUCUACAGGGAGCUCUUCUAAUAAAUACAGGGGACUUAAUGGCCGCAGGUACGUAAUAGUUUAUGCAGCAAUAGUUUUAUUUGAGUUUCUCAGAGGGAGGCAACCUUCCUGUCUCGGGCAAGCUCGAAAGGUCGAAUUCAAGCACUAUCUUUCAAUGAAACAAAACAUUGAUCAUACGAUACUCUCUCUUGAGAGGUUGUACAUGACAUAAAUGUCUGCAAUUAAGUCCUCAAGAUUGAUAGAAAUGGAUCGAAAAUCAUAACUCACUAAAACUUGAUGUUGCCUAAAGUUUGAUGACCUUUUCAGGACGUGGCUAUCUUUGUCUCAGAAAUAGAAUCAUUCUAAAUGUAAUGACCUAAAAGUGUUGUUUUCUUCAAUUUUUAGCUUAUCACCAAUGACAAGUUCACUAGAUAGCUUGUAACACUAAUAACAUCUCAUUACCUUGUUGAAAUUGUUGGUUGAAUUUGGAUUAGACAAAAGAUUUAAACCUUGUGGUGAAGGAUCCAUUUUCAACCAUUUAUGUGACUUCGCGUUUGUAUUUUUACUCUGUGGAAUUACUUGCCCGAGACACAGGCUCUUUUAUACUUCUUACUUCAACAGCUUGCUUGAUGGCUUUUUGUUGUUCUUGAAUGAUUCCGAACACCAAUCCAAUUACUCUCUAAUGUUUAUAGAAAUGAUCAUGGAAAGUGAAAGCAUGGAUCUGAUCAGGUAAGAGCAAGGGUGGAAACUAAAUCAAAAGAAUGAGAGAUUAAUUAAGGAAAAGGUCAAUUUUGUGUGUUUAAAAUCACUUUCAAUACUUAAUGUAUUCUUUCAAUUCUUAUGUGUUCUUUCAAUUCUUUCGACUGAGACUAAUUCAAAGAUGUAACAAAGAAAGAAUUGAAUGGAUUCAAUCAUGCAGGCUAGAGUGGACCUAGGCAAUAGUAAACAAAAUUAUCAUACGAAGAGAACUGGGAUAGAAAGAGAGAGGGAGGGAGAGAUUUGAGGAUGGAUUGCAGACCUUUCAUGAUGUCUCAUAAUUAAGGCUAGACCAGGAAGAUCAAAAGUUCUGAUUGGCCAUUCCAGUAAUCAGAAACUCUACUUCUGUAACCAAAACUAGCAUCAUCAUCCGAUCCUGCAAACAUGGAAGUCACGAUUUCCAAUUUUGAAGAAGGCUCAAACUAUGACAUAGACAAGGAAGUGAAAGCAAUCGAUGCAACAAAAGCUGGUGUUAAGGGACUUGUUGAUUCUGGUGUGACCAGGAUUCCCAGGUGUUUUGUCCACCCACCAGAGAAUGUGCUGAAGUCAUCAUCCAAGUCUAGCAAUAUCAGUCAUCAGGUUCCAAUUAUAGACUUCGAAGGGUUUGAAAGUUGUCGGCGAUCAGAGGUGGUAAAUGAGAUCCGGAAAGCAUCAGAAGAAUGGGGUUUCUUUCAAAUUAUUAACCACGGAACUCCAGUUGCUGUCAUGGAUGAGAUGUUAGCAGGGGUGAAACGAUUCCACGAGCAACCCCAGGAAGCGAAGGCGGAGCUGUACUCUCGUGAUCCUAAACAAAGAGUGAAGUUCUUCUAUGGAGGAGUGGUUCUGACCAAAGAAACAGCGGUUUGGAGGGAUACAGUGGCAAUAAAUUUUCAGGAUGGUGAACUUGACCCUGAACUAUAUCCUGAAGUUUUAAGAGAAGAGUUAAGUGAAUACACAAAACACAUGACCAAAAUCAGCCAGACUCUGUCUGAGCUCUUAUCAGAAGCACUCGGGCUUCGUUGUGACUACCUUUCAAGUAUUGAAUGCAUGGAUACUCAAGCAUUGGCGGGUAACUAUUACCCACUUUGUCCUGAACCAGACAUGACAAUGGGCACCACCAAGCAUACAGACCCUUCUUUUCUGACUAUUCUUGUUCAAGACAACAUGGGUGGCCUCCAAGUUCAUCAUCAAAAUCAAUGGGUAGAUGUCCCACCUCUGCAAGGAGCACUUGUAGUAAAUAUAGGGGACUUCAUGCAGCUUAUCACUAAUGACAAGUUCAGAAGUGUGCAGCAUAGAGUUUUGGCUCAAGAAGUCGGACCCCGGACAUCAGUAGCAAGCUUUUUCUUUCCAGGUGCAGCAAACAAAUUGAAACCAUAUGGGGUAAUAAAGGAGCUUCUCUCUGACGACACACCCAUCUAUAGGGCAACUCAUUUGGCUGAAUUCAUGGGUCAAUACAUGUCCACAGGAUCAUCUAUUUCAGUCCUUUCUCCUUUUAAAGUGACGAGGCCAUGCUAGUUGCUUCACUAUUUCUGCUGCGCGAAUUUGUUGAAUUUUCUCUUUCUUUCUGUUAGGAUACUGGCAUGCA